CUUUCGUUCAUAUACCUGGUAGCGAUUCGGUCGGUCGUAGACCAAAGGAAACGAAAAGUCACGUAACUAUACAGAUAUGACGAUUCUAAGGACCAUUAUUCGACCUUCCAGGUCUCUUUUGCAACAGCACAUUCGAUAUGGAAGUAGUGCAACAUACCAGAAUACACAACUUCAGGAACAGCUUGAUCAAAACUACAAACAGGAGUUUCCAAUGGAAUUCAUGACAGUGAAAGAGAAGGUGGAAGUUAAUCGAGGUUCAAUGAACUGGAUGGCUAAACCUUUGGGGCCAUGGGCAGAGGUCUAUGCCAAGAAACAGGCCAAUUACAACAUGCACAUGGUUAUAUCCGCAUUGCUGUUGGGGGCCACUGUUUUCUAUACCUGGAAAUCGGGGCUGUUGGUGGCGGCAGACUACUCUAUUCCAUUGAAUGUUGACGAGCUGUAUGAUCCCAGGAGAGAUAUGAGACAAGGCCACAAAUUCCAGUGGUUUAUAGAGGCUGUGGAGGAUGGCACUGAGGAAGAUGCCACUAACGAGGAAUAGAAUAAAUUAACUUAUAAAGAUUACAAACUGUUUUUUAUCAUCGCCAUUAGUCUUAUAACAUCUGUUAUGCUAAAAUAGUCUUUGAAACUGAACAAUGUUGAAUGUGUUUCUUACAAACAUUCAUUGUGUUUGAGGUUUAUCAACAAUGAUUCUGUUAUGGUAAUAGUAUAUUUGAAAUUUAGCCUUGAAGAUGUAUGUUUGAAUAGAUGUGAGAAAAUAU